AUGUUCAAUUCUGGAAGGGCAUCUUCUGCAUCGGCAGGAAAUGGUGUGGGCGGAGGCUCAUUGUUUGGGCAGAACAAACCAGCCGGUGGUGGACUGUUUGGACAGUCCAAUCAGCAAGGCCAAAGUGGAGGGCUUUUUGGCCAGGGAGCGCAGCAGAACCAGACUUCAGGCUCUCAAUUUGGCCAGGGUGCCCAGCAGGGCGUGGGCGGUAGCCAGUUUGGUCAGAACACGCAGAAUAGUAACGCACAAGGCCAGAAUGCAACAGGAACUGGUUUUUUUGGACAAAACACUCAAAACACUCAAAAUACUGGCACGGGCCUGUUUGGCCAACAGGGAGCCGCUUCGGGACUUUCCAAUGCUGCCAAUUCGGGGCUAAGAUCCGGAUCGACGCCAGGGGGCGGUCUUUUUGGACAAAAUACUCAAAAUACGAGCAAUCCUACAGGAGGUCUUUUCGGACAAAACUCGAACGCAUCUGGAGGCACGUCGAGUGGUAUUUUCGGCUCCAAACCCUCCGGACUUGGAACUUCCUCUGCGGCACCUUCAGGCGGUCUUUUUGGAAACACAUCAUCCAAUAACACCACCACUGCCAACAACAGUGUAAGCGGUGGUUUGUUUGGCAAUGCGUCCAAAAAUACAGGCUUUAACAACUCAGGUGGGCUUUUUGGCAAUAGUUCCAACAACGCGGCGUCUACAACCUCCACAGGUCUCUUUGGUGGUAACAAUUCAGGGUCUACAACAUCGACAGGACUUUUUGGCGGCAAUAAUGCCGUCCAGACGUCCUCAGGGGGGCUCUUUGGGAACAAACCUGCCGGUACAUCACUUUUUGGCAGCGCCAACACCAAUAACGCUUUACAACCUCAAAUGCAAAUGCAACCGGCUCUUCAAACGCUUUCUCAGCUGCCGGUCAAUCCUAUGACGCGAAUCGCUGAUCUGCCGCCUCAAAUUCGCCAAGAAAUUGAACAGCUAGAUCAGUACAUUCAGCGGCAGGUUGCCAUAUCUCAGCACCUAAAAGCGGACUCUGAGGACCACAUGGAGUUGAUCCGCUCUAUUCCUCGCGACAUCAAAUUUCUACAGACCACACAUUCCCUCACGCACCAGUCAUUGAUACAGGACCUGCGUAAGAUAACAGGCAUUAAGGACACCAUAGACCAGAGUAUGGCUGAUUGUCAGACAUUUUCCACCAUUCUGCAACAGAUUAUAACUCCGGGCUCCAAGAUCUCCUCUUUGGAACUUGAUAAGUUUUUCCAGGACAAGAUCCUGCACUACAAGCACAAAUUGGACGAGUACUUCUACGUUCUUUCGGACAUCGAGAGUGCGGUGCAAGGCAUAGAGCGCGACAUGUUUGGAGCUACGUCUACCGAUGGCGGUUGCGACUCCAGUGGCGACCGCAUGAAUUGGAAGACCGGGAUCAACGCAAUUGUGUCUACAGUACUUGAAGAAUUCGAGCUUUUCAUGGACAUGGCCGAACGCGUUGCCGAGCUACAUCAACGGGUCAAAGAAAUAAGCGGUGAUCUCAAGAGCUCCAUGGUGAAGGUAUAA